AUGUCGGUCUACUUGAUUGUUGGCAACUGUGCGGGCAAGGACGACUACACAGCACCAAGGUCGUACAGACCUAUCGCGCUGAUGAAUACCACCGGCAAGAUCAUGGAUGCAGUUAUGGCCCGACGACUCAGCCAUCUGGCCGAAACCCACCAUGUCCUGCCGCCGACACAUAUGGGCGGCAGGAAAAUGCGCUCCACUGAGCACACACUCCACACCGUCACCAAGAAGAUAUACGAAGCAUGGGAUCGCAGGAUUGGCCAAGUGGCCAGCCUCUUGCUACUCGACGUCUCUGGCGCCUUCGACAACGUCUCGCAUGUAUUCCUGCUCCACGACCUGCGGAAAAGACGAGUGGACGAGAAGACAGUCAAGUGGAUCGCAAGCUUCCUCAGCAAUAGACACACGAGCAUUGCUAUCGACGGCUUCCAGUCGACGGAGUAUGAGAUAAACACUGGUAUACCCCAGGGACUGUCGCUGUCGCCCAUCCUCUACCUCUUCUACAAUGCCGAUCUAAUAGACCAAUGCAAUCAAGAGACGGACGUCAUGUCAACGGGAUAUAUAGACGACAUCGCUAUACUAGCAUGGGGCGAGAUAACAAAGCAGACAUGCGAUAGACUAGGCAAGACCCUCGAAAAAGCGCAAUGGUGGGCCACCACACACGCAUCCGUCUUCGCCCCGAACAAAUUUCAGCUGACCCACUUCACGAGGGCGCACAGGCGCAUUGAUACCAAUAGACAGAUCCAAGCCCAGUGGGGCGAGAUAAAGCCUACGGCAACAUGCAAGUACCUUGGACUGACCAUGGAUUCUAAGCUGUACUGGAAGGAGCACGCAGAAGAGAUAAGACGAAAGGCGACAAAAACGGUGACUGCGCUCAGCUGCCUUGGUAGCUCCACCAGGGGCGCCAGCCUUGUCGACAUGCGGAGGAUAUACGAAGGCACCGCACUCCUGCAGAUGAUGUACGCCUGCUCGAUCUGGUCGAACGCUAGCACGAAAGGGAAGUUGUAUACCCAGAAGACACUGGACAUACUGCAGAGCAUUCAAGCAAGAGCAGCGAGAAACAUCUGCGGAGCUUUCAAAGCGACUUCAAGAGCUGCACUCGAUGUGGAGGCAUUCCUCCUCCCCGUCGAACAGGAGAUAUGGAAACAUAACGCAGGCGUCAUCACCCGAAUCCUCUCGUGCAUGGACAUUGCAAGCACCGCGGGCUUCCCGGCAAGCGAAGUGCAACCCACAGCAGCUAAAACCUACGGGAAGCACGUUGACUUAUGGCGAAAGACCCACGACAAUAUGAAGCGCAAACGAAGCCAGGGCUUAUACACGCAAGAGCAGAUCCCAUGCUUCCUCACUCCCCCUCGGAGACGAGGUCCGAACACUUACAUCGAUACCACAGCCGAAAAAGCUCGGGAGAGACACGGCAGAGAGCAUACAAAAGGAGACAACCUCAGCAUCUACACAAAUGGCAGCGGCAUCGAAAGCGAGAUAAGCUCUGCAGCCGUAUGUCUGCUCACGCAGCAGACGCGAACAGUGCAUAUGGGAUCCGAUACGACGUCGACAGUAUAG